UGUGGCGUUUCAAAUAUAAAUCCAGAUGCUGAAGAAAUUGACUCCCAAUUAUGUGUAAGAACAGUGGAAUGUUCUCAGAAUGAAAAUUUUGAGGAUUCAGCUAAAGCAGAAACUCCAAAAAUCACAGGAAACCUAUCUCAACUAGCACAAUCAGAGGUCUUUUUAAAUUCUGGAUCACUUUCGUUACAGAGUCAUAUUCCAGUCUGGGAGACAGAAUCUGGCCAUGGUAUAAUGGAAGAACCAGAACUUACAUUAGUAAGCGCCAGUGAUGUCAGUAUAGCUGAAACUGAUUUUGCUAACUUAACCCUAGAAGAAAAGGGACAGUAUGAACCAAGUAACUGUAUUCAGGUGAGUGAAUUUCUACCUCUUGCAUCAGAAACAGAAACCUCAGACUGUCCAGGUGUACCAGAACAUUCUAUGGAGAAGACCGUGUCUGCAGAAACCCUUCCAAAGCCUACAGCUAUCCCAGAGAGCUUACAAGAAGCAUUUGUAAAGAGAAAAAAAAAGUUUAUUGAGAGAUCCUCCCAGAGACAAGAAGAAAUAAAGAAGAAAACUCGUAUCUCUGAAAAGUCUCCAAUCAAAAUAGUUAAGGAGAAACUUUGCAUAGGUAUGUUCUUCACAUUUGUAUCAUCAGUUUCCACAAAGAGAAUUGGGGACUAUGUAUUUAUCAAGUCUCCUGUUCAG